UCCCGCCGGUCGUGCCGCCGCCGCCGCGUCGCCAGCGCCUCCCAGAACGCGCCGUCAAAUCCGCCCCACCUCCGCGCACAGAAGGUGCUCGACGACUUGCCAGCCAUGGACAGCGACGAUGAGAUGGUUGCCCUGCUGCUGGAGGACGAGCAAGCGUUCGACGACGACCUGCGGGAGCAUUUGCUGAUCAUCGCGUCCCUCCAGGACAUGCUUGACGCUGAGGCGGAGAAGAGGAAGAGGCCGCGCCGCGGAGGAUCAAGGCCGGGAAGAAGGAAGUCGAAGCCCCGGCAGAGAAUGGAGGGGCAUGCCAUGCUGCACAACGACUACUUCGCCGACGGGGCAACACAUGCCGACUAUUUUCGGCGCCGGUACAGGAUGAGCAAGGGCCUGUUCAUGAAUAUCCUCCACGGCGUUCGAGAGUUCGACCCCUACUUCAAGCUCAAGGUCGACGCUGUAGGCGUUCUCGGGUUCUGA